AUGGAGGAGACAGUUGUGCGACCUUCGGUGUUCACGGUGGACGGACAGACCGACAUCCCAUUCAGGAGGCUGGGGCACAGGCGUCGGAGACGGGCCUGUAGUGCAGCCCAGCUGGGCCUGGGCCUCCUGCUGCUGCUGCUGGCCGCCGGGCUGGCCGUCCAGGGCUGGUUCCUGCUUCAGCUGCACUGGCGCAUGGGGGCGGUGGUCACCCCCCUGCUGGACGGAGAUGCGAAAUCCUGGAAGCAGGUGAUGCAAGAGCGGAGGUCCUACCAGACCAACCCAGCCGCACACCUUACAGGAGCCAACUCCAGCCUGACGGGCAGCGGGGGCCCGCUGCUCUGGGAGACGAAGCUGGGCUUGGCCUUCUUGAGGGGCCUCGGCUACCGCGAGGGCUCCCUGGUCAUCGCCCGGGCCGGCUACUACUACGUCUACUCCAAGGUGCAGCUGGGAGGCGUGGGCUGCCCGCCGGGGCUGAGCGGCAGCCUGCCCAUCACCCACGGCCUCUACAAGCGCACGCCCCGCUACCCCGAGGAGCUGGAGCUGCUGGUCAGCCGGCGGUCCCCCUGCGCGCGGGGAGCCAGCUCCCGAGUGUGGUGGGACAGCAGCUUCCUGGGGGGCGUGGUGCACCUGGACGCCGGUGAGGAGGUGGUGGUCCGCGUGCCGGAGGAGCGCCUGGUCCGACUCCGCGACGGCACCCGCUCCUACUUCGGGGCUUUCAUGGUGUGA